GUAGGUAUUGCGGUCGGCGUCGGAAUGUUUUUAAUAAUACGUUUUAGUACGCACGCCACUUAACAAUAAUAUACACAUCGUUUUACUAAUACAACUUACGCGUUUCCGUUCAAGUUUAAAAAUCAAGAAUAAAUUUGGUUUGGACUUCAAACUAUUAUAAUUAUUAUAUCGUUUAACGUCAUCAUAAGAGCUCCUUUUUGUACUCCUUUACAAAAACCAUUCGUUUUUUUUUAUUUAUUUCUUGCAGUUAUAUUAUUAAAACAAAAACGACGAAUUAUAACAUAAAUCUUAAACGUUUCAUAAACAUUGAAAUACAAUAUAAUACAGACUACAAUGUACACUGCACAAAACGAAGAAUUUACAGUAUUCCGUCUAGAUUAUAACUUAUCAACAUUAUUUGAACAAGUGGAACAUUUUAAUCAAUGGACUGAAUCACUGAGUGAUACUAGAACAAGAGGGUGGUGGAUGGUAAAUUCAGUUUUUACUACAUUUACCAUAACCCUUUGUUAUCUUUUAAUAGUAUGGCUAACUCCACGGUACAUGAAAAAUCACACAGCAUACAGUUUAAAAAAUAUUCUAAUAAUGUACAAUAUUAUGAUGAUAAUAUCAAAUUUAUUUAUAAUAAUAGAAUUGAUAUUGAUGACUACUAAAUUAAACUAUAGUUGGACAUGUCAGCCGAUAACCUACGUCAAUGCAGAAGCUGAACUUAGGAUAGCAACAGCAGUAUGGUUAUAUUAUAUAAUUAAAUUUUUUGAACUAUUGGAUACUAUAUUUUUGAUGCUUCGGAAAAAAGAUAAUCAAUUGUCAUUUCUUCACGUUUACCAUCAUUCAACAAUGUUCAUAUUCUCAUGGAUGGGUACAAAAUAUGUACCAGGCGGCUCAGCAUUUUUACCGAUAUUAAUUAACAGCGCUGUACAUGUUAUAAUGUAUUUUUACUAUACUUUAGCUGCAAUACAAUGCUCGAAAAUCAUUAAAUACAAAAAAUAUGUUACAACCAUUCAAUUGGCUCAGUUUUCAUUUGCUCUACCAUUAGGCAUAAAUGCCAUUCACAGUGGGUGUAAUUGGCCAUUAUGGAUGAAAUAUUUAUUUGUCUUUUACAUUAUUACAAUGUUGGUUUUAUUUGGAGACUUUUAUAAGAAAAACUAUAUUAAAAAAGUAAGCAAACAUGAAAAUGAAGUUGGACAAUGUUUAAAGAAAUUGUGAUAAUUUAAAUUAAAACAUUCAAUUUAGAUAAGUAAUUUUUUUUAUAUAAAGUAAUGUAUAAAAUAAAGAAUUAGAGGUGACAUUACAAUAAUUUAAUACUUAUGUGUAACAACUAUUUUUCAAUCAUGUGAUAUUUAAAUAUUUUUGUAGUUGAAAUUUGAAUUUUAUCUAUAGUACUAUUUAAACUAGACACUAGAUAGUACUGAAUUAUAAAGAAAAAUUUUUCGCGUAAUUUUGUUUUGUUCUUCCAUACGUAAACAUUUCUCUAUUGUAAUAAUUAUAAUAUUUUAUUAUUUACUAGUUAUUUGAUUUUAUUAAAUUAUUUCAAGUGCUUAUAGUUUUUAUUGUGUAAAAUAUAAUUUUUUUUUUUAAAUAUGUUAUUAGGUUGAUAGAGUAUAAUAUUAUUUUGCACUUAAUUAUAUAUUUUGUAACUACUUUUAAUUAUUCACUUUGUUAUUAGGUAUCUAACAAAUGACAAUAAAAUUGUUGUAAAAUAUCUAA